UUAGGUAACAGGAAGUGAGGUUUUGUUAUCCCAUUACGAAUACAAUGCCAAGAAAGAGCACGUUUUACACUCAAAAGACUUAGAAAUAGAGAUUAUUUUACAUGCAAACUAAUUUUGCGUCAUAUUGCCAUAUUCAUCCAUCAUUUGUAAGCCGUGAAAAUAGCCUCGUUGUCUAACGGCAUAUGUUAUAGCAGAUCAAAGAUGAACUAUUCUGACUACGAUUCGGACGGUUAUUCGUCAAAUGCUGAUGCUGACUACGUCCCUUCGGCUGACAACCUCAGCGAAGAUGACAUGAACGAAUGUGUCAAAGAGGACCCACUGGACGAAAUAGACGGUGUGCCACAGACCAGUGAUGGUUCCAAGAAGAAGACAAAGACGAAGACGAAGAGGAAGGACGACAUUCUUGGCAUGCGCAAGAGGAAAAAGGGAAUACUGAAAGUGGAUGGAGAUAAAGAGGAAGGGAAUAACGAUGAAGGAACGGUCACAAACGAGAAAGACGAGGAGCCGUGGGUCGUGGUGGCGCCGGAAGAGGUGAAACAGAAGAAGAAGGCAGAUGAUCUUUGGGCCAGUUUCCUGAGUGACGUCGGAACCAGACCCAAACCGUCUGCUUCUCCUGAAGAAGCCAGCAGCACAGAGCAGGCCGAGGCUUCGUCGCCGAGGAAACCGACGGUAUCCCUGGAAACCAAAGCCCCAGAGCCCACUAAGCCUGCAGAGUCGUCCACGGUUACCAUCACCAAGGUGUUUGACUUUGCUGGAGAGGAAGUUCGGGUAACCAAGGAGGUGGCUGCUGACUCACGCGAGGCCAAGGACUACCUGAAGACCCAGAGCAGCCCACUGGAUCCACCGCCGCAACAACAACAACCCAAGCAGAGCUCCGCACCCGUCAGACUGCCUGGACUACCUGGGCCGAGCGUGAAGCGGGCGGUCGGCAUGUCCGGCAUCCUGGGCCAGAUCGGGGGCAAGAAGCAGAAGAUGAGCACCCUGGAGAAGUCCAAGAUGGACUGGGACACGUUCAAGUCUGAGGAGGGCAUCACGGAGGAACUGGCCAUCCACAACCGCGGCAAGGAAGGGUACGUGGAGCGGAAGAACUUCCUGGAGCGCGUCGACCAUCGACAGUUUGAACGCGAGAAAGAAGUUCGGCUCACCAACAUGAAACGAUGACUGAGAGCCUGACUGUUCACACUCACACACACAUGCAAGUACGCAUGCACAAACACACACAUGCAAGCACACACACACACACACACACACACACACAAUGGACUGACAUGUACACACGCACACAUGCACAAACACAGAAACACACAGAUACACACUAAAUGACAAACACGAUGACACACAACAACACACACACUUACCCUUCACCAAGGGAACAGAGUAAACCAGAUGUUUUGAUGUCACGGUAUCUCGUUCUCAUUCCAUCUCUGCUCUACUGUUGAAACUGUGUGUGUGUGUGUGUGUGUGUGUGUGUGUGUGUGUGUGUGUGUGUGUGUGUGUGUGUGUGUGUGUGUGUGUGUGUGUGUGUGUGUGUGUGUGUGUGUGUGUGUGUGUGUGUGUGUGGGUGCAUUUGCAUGUGCGUGUGCGCGUUGAAAUGGCAGCCCUGGGCUCGCAAUGGUCAUAAAGACAGAUUGCGAGAUAGAUUCGCCCCUCUUUAUUAUGGAUAUAAAGAGGAUGUUUUUUUCCCCCUGUUAUGUUUUCUGUUGUCAUUCCCAGAGCCGUAUUCAUAUUAAUGCACUCUGGUUUCAGAUGUUCAAUAAACACAAGGUUGCUUUUAACUGCUGUUGUUUUUCUACACGGAGAAUGAUGAAUAUUCAAUAACUUAAGUACAAUCCAGUGUUUUUCAUUGUGGCUCUGGAGCAAGCCCUGGAAGACGGACAUGGCCCAUAAUUGCCUGGACAUUUAAAUUAUUAAUCAUGAACAUUAUUUCGACAACGGGUCAGAAAUUAUAAUGAUCACCCUCUGUGUUAAUUCACUGUCACUUAAGUGUAAGGAGAUGAAUGAUGACGAAGGAAGUUUCAAGGUUUUCGUCUGCUCCGUGAGACUGUUCCAGAAGUCCUGACAGCAAACGCUCCAUAGAACACAUCGAUCCUCGAAGUUAGCGCCAGCUAGCCUGGUCCUACCAGUCAGUCAUACGUGAUCUUUUCCCUCCCUGUCCUUUUCGUGUUGUAGGGCUGGCUCUCGCUAGGCUAACAAGGAGCAAGAGUUCCACAAACAAACAUUGACUUAAGCCGUUCUGAGAAGAAUUAAGUAUAGUACUGUAUCAAGGGUUAUGUCAUGUAAAGACAUUUGUCAACAGCAAUAUUCAAUAGUUGACUUAGAAAAGAUUGUCCCCUGGUUUAAAUUGAGACAUAACGGUAGAACCAAACACUUGUCUUGUAGAAAGAGGGAGCCUUUAGUGUAGGAACCUUUAGACUAGCAAGACUCUCACUGUCAAUUCAUGGGGAAAACCAUACUAAUUUGAAAAUGGGGGACUAAACAGGCUUCAGAAACUCAUAGAAGAGGCUAUGCUUGCCCAAGUGUUUAUUUUUGUCUAUUUGUCAGAUAAAACCUGAAAGUCAGAGAUUCUUAGUCGCCUCUAUGAUGUCGAUGGGAUGAUUGAUAUAAUGAUUAAUUGGCCUCACUAAGGUCUAACGGUGCUGAGAUGGUGUGGUCACUAGCAUCUGCAUAACCAAGUACUUUGGCAACAUCACAAGCCCGACUUAAAAGCAACAACUUGGAUAUAAAAUGUAACUGCGAUGGGAUUGGUAUGUAGUAACUCAUGGUGGUCACAGAGAGGAGCGAUUCAGCUGAAGCAUUUUUAAA